AGCCGGUCUGCCUCAAGGCAGCGCGAGGCAGCCAGGGCACCCGGUAGAAGGGCGGCGCCGCCGCGGCCGCCGCAAUGGCUUUUGUCCUCUCGCGCAUCGCGCGGUCCGCGAUUGCACCCCUCGAGAGGAACAUCAAGCCCGAGGAGUUCAUCUCUGGCGGUGCCCUCCAUGGCGCGUUCGAGAUUCCGAACUUCCGGCGAGCGUCGUUCUGGAAGUACUUCUGGGUCCAGCACUUCGUGACGAGGCAGCACGUCUUCAACGUCCACCACACGGGGUACAUCGUCCUGUGCGUCUUCUUCUGGUGGACCGGGGCGUUUGCAACUGCUCCCAUGGAGCGUCGCGAGAAGUACUACAUGCACUCGCCCAAGUUCCGCCUCCAGACGGCCUACGCGAAUCCAGGCACGCGGCCGGCAGCCAAGAUCGCGCAGGAGCAGGCGAAGGUUCGGUACUUUUACAAGGGGCAUGAUCACCCUUUUACCCUGAACGAGCUCAAGGACUUCUACUUCAAGCUGCGCGAGAAUUGGAUGAUCCAGCACUACCCAGGACCCUUCCGCAUCCAGUACCCGUUCGUCUACCGCCAGAUGUGCCCCGAGAAGACCGACGAGCCGCUGAAGGUGCCGAUCUACGAGCCCCUCCGCGGCGGCCACUGAGCGAAGCACCGGGCGCGGCUUGCGCGGAGCCCAGGCCAGCGCCAAGGGGGCUCGGGGGGCACAACAGCUUGGAGUGGGACCACGAGGUGGGCUCUCGCGGAGGAUGCGGGGUCGCCACGCGCGGCCGCGCUGGGCAGGGCCGGCGGCGCGAGCAACACUCGAUUGAGCGACGGAAGAGGAGGUCCCACGCGCGCGUGGAGCCUUCGACCAGAGAAAAAAUGGA